CCCGCGACUGCCUAAAGGCUCAAAUUUUACCGGGUAACACUUGUACGCCUACAAGGCUUUAUGGGGGCUUGCGAAGAUGCUUAUUCGGAUUUCGGAGGGGAAAUUUCGGGCUUACCUUAAUAUUUUGCAAAUCCACCUAAAGUCUUUCCCUCUACAAUUUAUUCCGCCGUUGAUUUAAAUAUGGUUGAUUAUCCCAUACCAGCCAUUUAUAGUCAGUCCAGAUACCUUGUAUUCCGUUUUAUUUACUUAGCUUUGUCUGUGCCCAUCAUCUGUUUGCUCUUUUGUCCCAGACAUUAGAAUGUUGGCCUACAUUUACAAGAUCCAUUUGAGUGGCAGCAGGACAGUUUUAUGGAGAUCCCUCCUUCAAUACUCUACUACUUCACCAACUGCGGCACCCCAACAUAAGUGUUUGUUGGAAGAUUAUCUGAUAAACUCGCUUGGGUUCUCAAAACCAGAGGCCAUCUUUGUUUCAAACAAGGCACCUCGCUUAAAGCCCAUCUAUCCAAGUUUAGCGGUCAAUUUUUUUGAGAAUUUGGGAUUCAGCAAAACCCACAUCAAAAUCAUUGUUUCUUCCUGUCCUAAAGUACUAUGGUCUAAUGUGGAUAAAACCCUGAAACCAAAAAUCAGAUUUCUCCAAGACCUGGGAAUUUCUGGGCCUGCCCUUGUCAAGUUACUAUUGGGUUAUAAGCCACUGAUUUAUAGAGGUUUGGAUAGUCACAUCAAACCCCGAAUUGAGUAUUUAAGACAAGUGUUGAAUACUGAUGAGAGAGUAGUUGUAGCUUUGAAGAAAUAUGCAUUGCUACUCGGUAACAUUGAAUACGAAAAAGUGGACAACAAUGUUCUGUUGUUGCAGAAAUAUGGCUUUUCAAAGGAGAAGGUCGCCACUUUCAUUGCAAACAGUCCCAUGCGGAUUUUCAUGACGAGUCCUGAAUGGUUUGAGAAACGGUUGCAAUUAGUGGAAAACUAUUUGGGGAUUCCUCGCGAGUCCGCCAUGUUCCCCUAUGGGCUUAAAAUACUCUGUGGCUUGCGGAAGUCGACAAUUGACAAGAAAUUUGACAUUUUGAGGAGUUAUGGCUGGUCUAAUGAGGACAUACUUCGGAUGGUUAGGUGUUUACCUCUAUUUUUAGGCCUGUCUGAGACUAGAAUGAGAAAAUCUUUGGAUUAUUUCAUGAAUGAACUUGGAUAUACUCCUGAUUACUUGGCUUUGCGCCCUUUCUUAUUUACUUUGAGUCUGGAAAAACGAAUUAAGCCAAGGAAUGAAGUUUUGAAGAUUCUGAGUGAAAAGAAUUUGAACACGAGGAAGAGGGACCUUGGUAAAGCUAUGUGCUUGACAGAAUCGAAGUUUGUGCAGGAUUAUCUUUUGCCUUACAAGGAUGAAUUGCCUGAUGUGUUUGAGUCCUACAUCAAGAAGUUGGAGCAGAAGUAUCGGCCACUAUGAAAUGCUCAAGUGGCAUCUUUUCCUUGGUAGACUAAUAUGGUACAUUGGGCUCUGAACAUCUGGGGAAGUUAGGUUGAACCGUUGACAGCGAGCUUGCUCCCAGAUUAAUGUUCACCUUGGUUGCCACUUCAGUAUUUGAAAAGGCUUAUACUCUAAGCCCUAAGGGAACACUGCAGAAUGGACUCAAUCAUUCUGCUUUAAAGGUCCCUGCUGCCUGGAGGGGAAAAACAAACUGUUCCUGCUUUCAAGCAGCUUUCAGUUUCAUCAUUUGAGAUUUUCAGAAGCCUAGGUGCUGAAAAGAAUUUCCACUGGAUUUGCUCCAGAUCAUUGCCUAUUUUCCUCCAACCAAAAGAGGACGAUUAGGACUGCACUCUGAUGUGCCACUUCAAACCGUGUUUCAGCUUAUUUCUUGCACGAGGAUAGGCAUCCAAACCUUGACAUUUUGUCCCAUUUACUAGAAGUAAGUAAAGCACCAAGUUGAGAGCAUAUAAAUUGUUGCUGCUAAUAGCCUAGUGUUUCUGGGAUCAUACUGAAAUUUUAUUCAUUUUCCACUCUCUCAUCCGCU